UUUUGAAGGUCGAAUCCGGAAAUACUUAUUUUCAGUCGGUUGGCUCGAGCAGGUCUUUUUUUAACCAAGAGAUACACAUUUCAAAUCACACAAACUCAACAAUACAGACUGCUAGAAGAUGGCCGGAACGGCUUCAGUAGCUGGUGAAGUUUUCGUCGAUGCUCUGCCAUAUUUUGACCAAGGUUACGAUGCUGCAGGUGUCAGAGAAGCGGCUGCAGCAUUGGUGGAGGAGGAGACCAGAAGAUACCGACCUACCAAGAACUACCUGAGCUACCUGCCCACACCCGACUUCUCCACUUUUGAGACAGAAAUAAUGAGGAAUGAAUUUGAGCGGCUGGCGGCUCGGCAGCCCAUGGACCUCCUGAGCAUGAAGAGAUAUGAGCUGCCAGCUCCAUCAUCAGGACAGAAGAAUGACAUUACAGCAUGGCAGGAAUGUGUCAACAACUCCAUGGCCCAGCUGGAGCACCAGGCAGUCCGCAUUGAGAACCUGGAGCUCAUGUCGCAGUAUGGAACCAACGCAUGGAAAGUCUACAAUGAUAACUUGGCCUUCAUGAUUGAGAUCGCGCAAAAGGAACUUCAGAAAUUCAGGAAACAAAUUCAAGAUUUAAACUGGCAGCGUAAGAACGAUCAGUUAGCAGGAGGAGCCAAACUACGAGAACUGGAAUCAAACUGGGUGUCUCUGGUCAGCAAGAACUAUGAGAUUGAGCGGGCCAUCGUCCAGCUGGAGAACGAAGUGACUCAGCUCAGACAACAGCAGGGGGACGAGAACAAGGAGAACAUCCGGCAGGAUUUCUAGAGCAGCUUUCAGCCUUGCAGCACUGAUCUACUAACUCAUGAUCUCAGUCAGAAAGACAUCAUGUUUUAUUAGCUGACUGCACUAAGAAGCAACCUGAGGAGAGAAAGUCACAUGUAUGGAGAAGACUCAAUGUGAAACUGCAACAUCAACAACACAAAACAGUGUUGGAUUGUGGUGUAAAGGAGCUUUUUAGACUCUACAUUUUUUUUCAGGGAUCAAAGAUGUUUAAAGUGAGAUUAUGUAUGGUUUGCUACAAAAUAGACAUUCAUCUUUUAAGAGUGUAAUUCCAACUUUGCUCGACAAAUUGUUUAUGGUGGCUAACGCUAAUAUAGCAAACAUCAGAUUGAUAUUGUUUUGAAUCAGUUUUCUGGCUUCAAGAUAUUUUCUUGAUGUGCUAAUGUUAUACUAGCAUUUAACAUUUUAUAAAAUGCCACAAGUGAAAUUAUCCAGCAGAAGUUACAUAAUCUCACUUUAAAGUGUCAUUUAUACCAGCAUGUAGGUUUCAGUUUCCGAGGCUACCAACACGAUUGUUUAGGAUCAAGUGUAAAUAGUUUCUCAAGUCCGUCAUGUAAUUAUUUUUAUGCUGUUUUAAUAAAAUGAACAUUUCUUAUA